CUAUCGCUCAGCGCCUAUGCACAUCAGCUGUCGCCAUGCCGCCGUCGCAGCUGAAGCAGUUGAAGACGUCUCUCCGUGAGACCGGUAUUCUGGGACCCCAGCAGUCGAAAAAGAAGAAGCGCCAAAAUGCAAAAUCUGGUGCAGCAGCCCAGAACCGACUUCAGCGCAAUGCGGCCCUCCAAGGAAUCAGAGAACGGUUCAACCCAUUCGAGAUAAAGGCUCCAGUAAAAUCGGUCAAGUUCGAUGUCACAACUAGAGAUGCAGUCUCGAAAGGUGCUGGUGGUGCGGGAUAUGUCAGACCCGGUGUCACCAAGUCAUUGGGUGAGGAGAGGAGACGAGAGACAUUGCUUCGGGAUCUCCACUCGAAGAACAGAGUCGGUGGUAUUAUGGACCGUCGUUUUGGUGAAAACGACCCGACUAUGACCCCGGAACAAAGGGCGGCGGAACGGUUCGCCAGAGAGAAUGAGAGGAAAUUCAGAAAGGAAUCUCUGUUCAACCUUGAAGAUGACGAGGACGAGGAGAUUCAACUCACACACGGAGGGCAGUCUCUAUCGUUUGAUCAGGAUGGGAUGGCAGACGACUUUCAGGAAACAGAUAUCAUGGGUCUGGACGACGAUGCUUCGGAUAGCGAAAAGUCAAGGAAACGCCGACGGGUUGUCGAUGGAGAAGAGGAUGAGAUGGAUGGCCUCGCAGAUGAAGACGAGGAAGAACAACCGGAACGGAAGAAGUCGAAACAGGAAGUAAUGAAGGAAGUCAUUGCCAAGUCAAAGUUCUACAAAUACGAGCGUCAAAAGGCAAAGGAAGACGAUGAUGAAUUACGAGAACAGCUCGACAAGGGCCUUCCUGACCUGUUCGAAAUGCUGAGAGGAACCGCUCCAAAGCCCAAGCCAGAACCUCCGAAGGAGGACACAGCGGCGAUGAAUCCUGACCGCGCUGCUCUAUUGAACGCAAAGGACGAAGAGGAAGCCAACCGCGAAUAUGAUCAACGGUUGAAACAGUUGACAUUCGACAAGCGCUCCCAGCCGGCUGACCGCACUAAAACGGAGGAGGAGAAGGCCGAGGAAGAAGCGCGACGAUUGAAGGAACUUGAGGAAGAGCGCCUUCGCAGAAUGCGCGGCUCGGAAGAGAGUGAAUCAGAAGAUGAAGAAGAGGAUGUCAACGAGUCGGGAGACGAAUCUAUACCAGACGAUGCGAAAACUUUCGGUCUCGUCCAACCAGCCACGGAUGUCAACGGCGCCCCUGAGCUUGGCGUGGAAGACGAGGAUGACUUUGUUAUUGACGAGGACCUGGUGGAAACAGAUUCCAAUGCUAGCCUUUCGUUCAUCGAAAGCGACGAGGACGAGUCUCCAGGCGAAUCGGAGGAUGAUGAAGAAGAAGAUGAGAUGAUCAACGGCCUCACUCUUCCUGCUGAAGACACGGCGAAGGCAACUUCAGCGGGCGGUUCACAAGCGGCAAAUGAAGGUGCAGCUUAUACCUAUCCAUGCCCCGAAAACCACCAACAGUUUCUGGAAAUUCUCAAGGAUGUUCCCGUUCAGGAAUUGCCCACUGUUGUUCAGAGGAUUCGAGCACUGCAUCAUCAUCGACUUCACCCCGACAACAAGUCUAAGCUCAGCCGGUUCGCGGCGAUACUGGUCGAACAUGUUGCAUACUUGGCCGACCAGCCGGACCAUCCACCUUUUGCUAUCCUUGAAAACAUCCUUCGACACGUUCAUUCUCUAGCAAAGAGUCAUCCUGAGAGCGUGGCUAAGGCUUUCCGAGCGCAUCUACGUACGAUUACAGCAGACCGUCCCUUGAAACUUACCCCUGGAGAUCUCGUUAUCCUCACCGGUGUCUCGACUGUCUUUCCUACGUCAGACCACUUCCAUGCCGUUUCCACGCCUUCCAAUCUGGUUCUUGCGCGCUACCUCGGGCAGGGUAGCAUUAAUGAUCUGGCUGACCUGGCGACGGGCGCGUACGCGGCGAGCUUGGUUCUGCAGUACCAAGACCUUUCAAAGCGGUACAUCCCAGAGUUUGUGAAUUAUGCAUUGAAUGCUCUCUGCGUAUUGAGUCCCACGGACCCAAAAACCAGUUUGGGUUUCUUCCCAUCCAGACAGCCUCCUCAGUCUUUACGACUUAUCCCGAAGAAGACAAUUGAGACCAGAAAGCUUGAGUUCUGGGAUAUUGUCGAGGCCCACCAUUCUGGAAACGCUGCAGAGGAACUCAAACUUAGUCUCAUGUCAACAUUUAUUUCUCUCUUGGACAUCGCAGCAGACAUGUGGACAGACCGGUCAGCUUUCCGUGAGAUAUUCGAGCAAGUUCAACGCGUGCUGGAGCAUGUUCAGAAGUCCUGCUCAAACAAGGUUUCCGUGGCCAUGCAAGAUCGCGUGCAGAGCCUUAUUGACAAGCUGGGCAAUCUCAUCUCUCAAGCUACCUUGAAGCGCCGACCUCUGCUGUUGCAUAACCACCGUCCUCUGGCCAUCAAGACCUCCAUACCGAAGUUCGAAGAGAACUUCAACCCGGAUCGCCACUACGAUCCAGACAGAGAACGGGCCGAAUCCAACAGACUGAAAGCGGAGUACAAGCGGGAGAAGAAGGGUGCUAUGCGCGAGUUGCGGAAGGACGCAAACUUCAUCGCACGGGAACAGUUGCGCGAAAAGAAGGAGCGCGACGCGGCAUACGAAAAGAAGUACAGAAGGCUUAUUGCGGAGAUCCAAGGCGAGGAAGGAAAAGAAGCCAAGGCCUACGAGAGGGAAAAGAAGCUCAGACAGGGGAAGAAAUGAAGUGUUUCCUUUUAGUCAUUUCAUACCCACGGCUGCUGCUGCUGCUGCUAAUAAGCGGAAGGAUCAUAGAUUUAUACUGUACAUAUGUGUACGUACAUUGUAUGUACAGGUUAUCAAAGUUAUGUUUUGUGGGGGG